AUGUCUGAACCCAGGAAAGUUGCCGUCAUUACUGGCACCAAUAGUAACUUGGGACUGAAUACAGCCUAUCGCUUGAUAGAACAAGUUGACAGGGAUGUGCGAUUGACUAUCGUGGUGACCUCACGAACUCUUCCUAGAGCUCGAGAAGUUAUCGAUCAAAUUCAGAAAUUCGUGGAAGACAGCAAGCGGCCAGGUCCAGUCGAUUACGACUAUCUUCUGGUUGAUUUCACUAACAUGGUAAGCGUCCUGGGCGCAUAUUAUGAUCUCAACAAGCAGUACAAAGAUAUUCACUAUUUUUUUGUGAACGCAGCUCAGGGUGUGUAUAGCGGCAUCGACUGGAUGGGUUCUGUUAAAGAGGUGUUGAAAAAUCCAAUAGAAGCGGUGACAAACCCGACUUACAAGAUACAACGCGUCGGGGUAAAGUCCGAGGAUGGGUUGGGUCUCGUUUUCCAGGCUAAUGUGUUUGGCCCCUACUAUCUCAUUCAGAAAAUAUUGCCUCAGUUGCAAGCAGGUGGGGCCGUCGUGGUGUGGAUUUCUAGUAUCAUGUCAGAUCCAAAGUACCUCUCGCUCAACGAUAUUGAACUCAUUAAGAGUCCAGCCUCUUAUGAAGGAUCCAAAAGACUGGUCGAUUUGCUGCAUUUGGCAACCUACAAGAGCUUGAGUGAGCGUGGGGUGAAGCAAUUUGUGGUGCAACCUGGUAUCUUUAUCAGCCACUCUUUUUUCCAGUAUUUGAACGUUUUCAGCUACUAUGGAAUGCUUUUUUUGUUUUAUAUGGCCAGAUUUUUAGGCUCGCCAUGGCAUAAUGUGGACGGCUACCGUGCGGCCAAUGCCCCUGUUUACGUUGCGACGCUAGCAAAUCCAGCCUUCGAGCAACAAAAUGUUAAGUACGGGUCUGCGACUUACAAAAAUGGUAUGGAAUACGUUCGCACAGAAGAAAUAGAACCCACAGGAACGCAAGACGUUUACGCUUAUAUCAAGAAGUUAAAGGAAGAAUGGGAUGAGAAGUUGAAAGAUCAGAUUACCAAUUCGAGGCAGGUGUAA